AUGAGGAUUUCCUCUCCAGCCUUGCUGGCCGUCAGUGGUCUAGCAGCAGUUACUUCUGCAUCGCCAUUCUUUAUGAAGAACUUUGCCACCGGAAAGAAGCCGAUAAGCAUGCCAGCCCAAUACAAGCAUGCUGUCCUUCAAAACAACAAUCAGAAUACCACUGGCCCAUGCUAUGCUAGCAGCACCCUGUCAACGACGAAGUCGCCCCUUGACAAUAUCUUCUCAGCGCUGAGCGAGGUGGAGGCGGCCUCUGUGACGAAGUUUCUUCAUGAACAGUCUGACCUCAACCUCACGGCCAAUGUCAAUGCAACCUCCUGGGACAAUGUUAUCGUACUUGUGGAGCUUCUGCAGCCGAAUAAAUCUGAUGCACUGCCAUAUCUUAACGGCGAGGGCCCAAAGCCACAUCGGUAUUCAAAGGCAACGAUCCAGUUCCAAGCUACGCUAGAGCCAUACAUUCAGGAGUUCAUGGUUGGUCCUCUACCCGUAUCCAACGAGACGACUUUACAACCCUUGAACUAUCCUUUCAACAAAGGCGUUGGCAUUCAGAAGAUCCACAACGCCGAUCCAGAUGAAUACUCUCAAUUUCUUGUAAAUAUUUCUACAUCAAUUGAAGAUAUUUUGAUCAACAUGUUUGGCGGGACCUUCACAAACUCACCGGAUGAUGUAGUAACCAUUGGGCCUAGCGACCCUCUCUGGAUUGACGACGAAACCGGCGCUGUGACCACUUGGAACGAAUAUUCGCCAGCGCCGACAGGCUUGUACGGUACUGGGUCUCUUCUAAGAAGUGGCCUGGCUGUCCGCACCGAUCUAACCGGUCGUGAUCCUUCCAAGUGGUCAGUGCUGGGGUGGUACUACAUCGGGCAAUUUUUCAAGACCACGGAUGACCUCAAGGCUGCUUUCAACAAUGGCACCGUCGACUACAUCAAGCCUCAACCCGAUGGAGAUUGGGGUGUAACUGCUCCAAGCGGCCCCGUGCUCCCUCAAGAUGAGAUUCCUCCUCCCGUAAGCGUCCAGCCUGCCGGCCCUCGAUACGGAGUGGACACCGAGGAAGAGUACAUUGAAUGGAUGGACUAUUCGUUCUUUAUCAGCUUUACCCGCGAUACGGGGAUGAGGCUCUUCGACAUCAAGUACAAAGGGGAGCGAAUUGUGUACGAAUUAGGCAUGCAAGAGGCGGUGGCACACUACGCAGGCAUGGGACCAGGCGAAUCCGCUCAAGCGUUUCUUGACUCCUACUAUGGCUUUGGUCCGAAUGCUUUCGAGCUAGUCAAGGGAUACGACUGCCCUGCCCACGCAACCAUGCUGAACACUUCAUUCUACUGGCGUGAAGCCAGACGGUCGCACGAAAACAGCAUCUGCAUAUUCGAAAUUGAUGCAGGCUAUCCUGCGGCACGCCACACCGCGGUCAACUAUGUCUACACGACCAAGAAUGUCCAUCUUGUCGUUCGCAGCGUAAGCACCCUCGGUAACUACGACUACAUGUUCGAGUAUGCCUUUUUCCACGACGGAUCGAUCCAUAUCACAGUGCGUGCCUCUGGCUACAUUGCAGCUGCCUUCUGGGCCGCCAAUGCCGACUACGGCUUCCACAUCGAAGACACCGUCUCGGGUUCGAUGCACGACCACGUACUAAACUACAAGCUCGACUUGGACAUUCAUGGCACCAAGAAUAGUCUGAUGAAGCUCGACGUCGUUCCCACCACAGAAGUCUAUCCUUGGGCAGACGGCCAGCCGCGAAACACCAUGAAGCUGAAGAGGUCAUUCAUUGAGACUGAGGAUGAUUCGAAGAUCGACUGGGCUCCUAACCUUUCCACCAUGUAUGCAGUGGUUAACAAGGAUACACCGAACAAGUGGGGCGAGUACCCAGGAUAUCGAAUCUCUCCGGCAACUGCAAGCACAGCUCAUCUUACCAUUGUGAAUUCAUCAGACUUGAAAAACAGUGCGCGCUUCGCUGAGCAUCACCUAUACGCUGUACAGCAGAAGGACACAGAGCCUCGAAGUGCGUACUCUUUCAACUCGUUGGAUACCGCCAACCCGGUGGUCGACUUCGAUAAGUUCUUCGACGGAGAGUCCCUUGAUCAAGAGGAUCUUGUGCUCUACUUCAACUUGGGCAUGCACCAUGUUCCAGAUACCCAGGAUCUUCCCAACACUGUCUUCACGACCGCACAAUCCACUGUAGUGAUCUCGCCGCAGAACUACUUCCUACAGAACCCCAUUCGAGAGACCAUUCAGCAGGUUGAGAUCAACUAUGAUCUUGAGUCUCAGGCCGUGACAGGCAUCAAAAAGUUUGGCAGCGAACCUGCUGUGUGCACAUAUGACAUGUCGAAUACGGUCGCAAACCUGAGCGACUACCACGGUGGUGACCUCGUUGUCCGCAAGUGGCCAUACGACCCAUCGAAUCCAUUUUUUGGCACGACAGAAAUUGAGCAGAUCGGAAACUAA